UUGUGGGCGCCUCCCGCGAGCGUUCUACAAGGACUCCCACAGUCAGCCGCCAGGUUUUGGUCCCACAGCUCAAAGACUGGCGCAAGCCCUUCAAACCCCGGAUCAAGCCGGAACGACCAGACCACAAGAGGUUCCCUGACGAUGAGCCGAUGAAAUCAAGACCUCAGUUCGCGAAGUUCGCGCUCAUGGCCAAGGAGCUGUGCUGGGUGACCAGCAAGCAGCUUGAGGACGCCAGGCGCGAGAUCGUGCGCGCGACGAGUCGCACUGCCAAGGAAUGGCCUGGGUUGGUGGGGUUUAGAUUUUCAGGUUUUAAAGUGCUGGGUGGCUUAGGUUAUGAGUUUUGGGGUUGGGAUGGGUUGGGGGAUGUUAGGGGUUUGGGCUUUGGUCGUUGGUUGCGGAUACUUAGCUUCACGUUUAUUGAUCGAUCGACGGAUGCCAUCAGGUAG